GUUGCUAACAGACUGUACAGAGAGAAGUCCUGCCCCUUUACUCAGGAAUUCUUAAUACAAAGCAAGAAACAUUACAGCACAGAGCUGGAGUCUGUGGACUUCAAGACCAGGUCUGAAGAGGUCAGGAUUGAUGUCAACAACUGGGUGCAGCAACACACACCAGGUAACAUCACAGAGGUGGUGGAUGAAGAUGAUUUGAAUGAACUGACCAGGCUGGUGUUGUUCACUGCCACCCACUUCAGAGGCAGCUGGAUUAAAGAUUUCUCGUGGUCUGAAACUUAUGAUGCUCAAUUUUGGCUCAAGAAGAAUGACUCAAAGGCUGUGAAGAUGAUGAAACAGGAAGAAGACUUUGCGUGUACCUUCAUCGAAGAAGCAAACUGCAAAAUUCUAGAGAUGCCUUACAGCGGGGAGGAAGUGAGCAUGCUCAUCUUUUUACCUGCAGAGAUCGAGGAUGAUACAACAGGACUGGAGAAGCUGGAGAAGGAGCUGACCUAUAAAAAGUUUGUGGCUUGGACUCAUCCAGGCAAGAUGCAAACAUGUUACAUUGAUGUGAGGCUGCCUCGAUUUACACUGGAGGAGACGUAUGACCUGAACACAGUCCUGAGCAGCAUGAGCAUGGUGGACGUCUUUGAUCACACAAAGUGUGACUUCUCUGGCAUGUCUGGGCACAAAGAUCUGGUACUUUCAAAAGUCAUCCACAAGGCUUUUGUGAAGGUCCACGAGAAGGCAACUGAGGCUACUUUUGAAGCUAUAGCUGCUUAUCUCGUGGCCUCACCUUCACCUUCUGCAGGUCAGAUCAGAUUAGCUGGAUCUGGGUCCACUCGGUGCUCUGGAAGAGUUGAAAUCUAUAACUCUUUACGUCACUCCUGGGGAACAGUCUGUGAUGAUGGCUGGUGGGAC